UAUAUAUAGCUGGGACUAAAUCAUAGAAGCAGCCUAGAGAGCAGCAGAAACUUCAGUCAUGACGGAAAGAUUCACAGCAGUAGUAUUUGUCCUUCUGGUUUCAUGUAUCUGCAUGACAUUAGGACAGACAUGUGAAAGACUGUGUGGGGAAAAUUCUGGGUCAUGUUCAUGCCACUCGACAUGCACGUCUCUCAAGACCUGCUGCACAGACUAUAAAGAGUACUGUGUGGAAAUCUUUCCAUAUUCCGGGGUCAUUUUGGGCGGGACAGAUUUUAUUGUCCCUGACGUGAGUUUCAGUAACAGUUCAGAGAUUGUAUGCAGGUUCAAGGACAAUAUCGAUACUGUAGGGUAUGUGGAUGAAAACAGUAGAGGCCAUUGUAUCUCCCCACUAUUGUAUGAAACAGGAUGGGUUCCCUUGCGCAUCUCCUCUGAUAAUGGCACUACAUUCAAUAGAGAUGCAACCUGGCUCUCAGUACAUACUGGCAAGUUAGAUGCCCACUUUAAGGCGACUCUGGUCAACUCGACAAAAUGGCAGUACUAUGGUACACCGGGAGUUGGAGGCACUCUUGAGAUGACAUGGAAUACCUCUUUGGUCAGAGCAGAGAGGGUCAAUAUAGAGCUCUGGGGAUACAGGGAGACAGGAAAACCCUAUACAUCCGACUGGAAGGGUGAGUGGGAGUACCUGUACUCACUUGCAAAGGAUCAGCUCAACAAUGGUUCCUUUAGCUUUUUGCCCAAACCAGCAGAGAACGGCUUUGCAAGUUGGGAGCUUGGCUCUCUACGUAUCAGCCUCAGCACCAACCCUGAUGGCAUGUGGAAUGUACAAGCCGUAUGGACUGAGGAUCACGCUCUGGCCUGGCAUCUGGAAGAGAAGUUCAGGUGGAACUCAACAGCUUGGGCCCUGGAGAAAUGUGUAGCAUGGGACCAGCUGGAAAAUCAGCUGCCCAACUUCCUCAGUGAGAUCAUAGACUGUCCCUGCACUCUGGCUCAAGCGAGAGCAGACACUGGGAGGUUUCAUACUGACUAUGGCUGUGAUAUAGAGAAGGGGAGCGUGUGCACCUACCACCCUGGGAGUGUUCACUGUGUGAGGGCUAUACAAGCCAGUCCUAAAUAUGGAGCGGGACAACAGUGCUGCUAUGACAGCACGGGCGCUCAGAUGCUGACAGGAGACUCGAGUGGGGGAAGCACUCCAGACCGAGCACACGACUGGGGCUCACCCCCAUUCAAUAAUCCCCCUCGCGUUCCUGGGGAGUCCCACUGGGUCUAUGACGUCCUCAGCUUCUACUACUGCUGCCUGUGGUCUGACAACUGCCACGUCUACUUCAAACACCGGCCCUCCAGUGACUGCAGGCGUUACCAGUCACCCAGCUCAGCUGUGGUGUUUGGAGAUCCCCACUUCAUAACAUUUGAUGGUGUCCGCUACUCCUUCAAUGGCCUCGGGGAGUACACUUUGGUGACCUCGUCAAGGAAACGCCUGACAAUACAAGGCAGAACAGAGCGUGUGAAUGAAACGAUAAAAGCCACAACGUUGACGGCCGUAGCCAUGAAAGAAAGAGCAUCGGAUGUUGUUGAGGUGCGGCUGGUCGCCGGUCACAAUGGCCUUGAAGUACUGCAGAACCAGAAAACCCUCUCCUUUUCUGAGCAGAGGUGGAUGGACCUGCAUGGUGUGUUUGUGUUUUCUCCUACCUCUACGAAUGUGACCGUGAUGUUCCCGAGUGGAGCCGGGGUGGAAGUGCGACUGAGAGAGGGAACCAUGACGACCACCGUGCUCCUGCCAGAGGACUUCAAAGACGCCACUCUCGGACUGCUGGGAAAGAUGAACGGUUACGCCAGUGACGACCUCGCUCUCAGCAACGGUGAACUUGUGCGGGACCCCAACAAUCCAGAGGAGGUGUUCAGCUUCGGGGCAAGCUGGGCCGUCAACAACGAGUCUGCCUUGUUCACAUAUGAUUCAGAAUAUCUUCUGGACGCAUAUAACUACGCUCCCAGACAUGACGUUAGUUUUAUUCCAGUGUUUUCUGUCCCUGAGAAUCCAGAUGAUCCAUUAGCCAAUCAGGCAUCUGAGUUAUGCUCUGGAGAGGGCGCUCAGUUCUGUAGGUAUGACAUCCUGGUAGGUCGUAGUCCAAGAAUGGGAAACGCUUCCAAGGAGUCUUUCCAGAGUCACGUUUCUCUUGUGGAGGAUCUAAAGCGAGUGAUAUCUUGUGGAUGGCUUUCACCUCCGGCUAAUGGAGAGAAGAAUGGGACCACAUAUUUGCAAGGAGCUAAGGUGCAGUUUUCCUGCGAUGACGGCUACACUCUCAAAGGAUCGGCAGAGCGCGUAUGCCAGGAGAACAGCCUGUGGUCUGGAGAAGACACGAGCUGCGUGGUUCCCAGUAACAUCGCAGGAAUUGUUGCCGGUUCAGUCAUUGGAGCGUUAGCACUGAUUGUAAUUAUAACAACAAUCGUACUCAUGUCCCGGAAACGAAAAAGAAAAGCUGCACGGUCAAAAGAAGCCGUGACAAGUGAGGGCUCCUAACCACUUAACUCUUCAUCUACUGAAAAAUUAAAAAUGAAUGCAAGCAUAAAUACAUGCUUAGGCUACAUAAAAUUACACAUAACACAAAAGAGAUAUCUAAUUCUGGUCACAAAUCUUGUAAACCACAGCCAGGAUCCAGACUAAACUAUGUCAUUGAGUAAAGGUCACUGCAGAGUUAAAGAGUAACUACACAAUACAUAUUUUACACACUGCAUCUUCCACGGCAGAAAAGUAUUGUUGCACUGUUGAAAUUUGAACCUGUAUUGCACACUUUUGUCACACCCAUAACGGUAAAGCGUUCUGUGCUAUAAGUCAUUAAGUUGGAUAUUCUAAGUAAAAAUGAUGAUCCUAAAUCAAUAAGUUACUGUGAGUCUGUUCAAUAGGACAAUAACACUAGACAAUAAUUGAUUAAACUCUCUUCAAAGGUGUAACAUGAAUGAUGCAACCUGCUACUGUCGACACACUCCAUUAUUGUUCAUGUCAUACAGCGUUGGUGUUCAUUAAAUGAACUCUGCACUGUGUACGUGUACGUAUGCGUUUGUACUGUCACCAAAUGCUGAUGAACAUUGUUAUACAGUUUACAACUUUCCAAUUUGUUGGACAAUAAAGUUUUUAAAAUACA